AUGAUUUUAUGGCAAAUUACUGCAUUUUUUUUGCCAAAUUCAUUUUUGGUUCGCAAAAAUAUUUCUGGUGAAAAUGUAUUGAUUACUGGAUCUGGUAGUGGAAUUGGUCGACUACUUGCACUGCGGUUUGCUAAAAUUGGUGCUCGAUUGGUACUUUGGGAUAUUAAUGAGAAAAGCAAUGCUGAAACAAAAAAGAAAAUUGAAGAAAUUGGAGCUGAAGUUUUCGCUUAUACAGUAGACUUGAAUAAGAAGGAAGAAAUAUAUCGAACUGCAGAAGAAGUGAAACAAGUUGUUGGUAAUAUCAACAUAUUAGUAAACAAUGCAGGCAUCGUUUGCGGUGAGAACAUAUUAAAGAUUUCGGAUGAAGAAAUUGAGAAAACUAUGAACGUUAACAUUUUGUCACAUUUUUACAUAACAAAGGCUUUUCUUGAAUCAAUGAUAAGAGCAAAUCAUGGUCAUAUUAUUGAAAUAUCCUCUAUGGCAGGCAAGUACGGUAUGCCAUCACUUACAGAUUAUUGUGCUAGUAAGCAUGCUGUUGUUGGAUUUGCUUCCUCACUCGCAGCAGAAUUACGAUCUAUGCAAGUUGAUGGAGUACACGUUACUACAAUAUGUCCAUUCUUUAUUGACACAGGAAUGUUUGCAGGAGUUAAAACAUUUGCUCCACUCAUUUUACCCAUUUUAUCUCCACAAUAUGUUGUAGACGAAAUUAUGGAAGCAAUAGUAACCAGUAAGGAAAUCGUACAUUUGCCGAAAAUUUGCUCUGUUCUUUUGGCUUUGCAAAGGCAAAUAAUGCAUACUAUUCUAUUCAGUUCUUUUUACUAA